AUGGAUGCUGCCAAGACCAGGGUAUUGCCAGAAAAGAAGCCAGUCAACUGUAAUGGUUUUACUCCAGAGGAGAAGAAGGGCUCGCCCACAGCCUUGAGCCGCGUAGACCGGGGUAGGUCUGGGGUCAGCACACCACCCUUGGAGAGUUGGAGGGAGGAAAGGACUCGAAGUGAAGAAGACAAUGAACUCAACCUUCCUUCACUUGCAGCAGCCUACAGCACCAUCCUGAGAGGCGCUGGGAGAGGACCCUGGGAGGCAGGGGCUGCUGAAGACACCUUGGAGGGCAGCUACGGCCAUGCAGUUCUUCACCAAGGGCUACCAGGAGACCAUAUCAGACGUCCUGAAUGACGCCAUCUUCGAUGAGGACCACGACGAGAUGGUGAUAGUGAAGGACAUCGACAUGUUCUCCAUGUGUGAGCACCACUUAGUCCCCUUCAUCGGAAAGGUACACAUAGGAUAUCUACCCAACAAACAAGUGCUGGGGCUGAGCAAGCUGGCCAGGAUUGUGGAAAUCUACAGCAGGAGACUGCAAGUUCAAGAACGCCUUACCAAACAGAUCGCCAUCGCAAUUACAGAAGCCUUACAGCCCGCCGGUGUGGGCGUGGUCAUAGAAGCCACUCACAUGUGCAUGGUAAUGAGAGGGGUCCAGAAAAUGAACAGCAAGACGGUAACAAGUACCAUGCUUGGCGUCUUCAGAGAAGACCCGAAAACCCGAGAAGAGUUCCUGACCCUAAUCAAGAGCUGA